CAGUUCGGUUCGGAAUGGCCGCCAUGUUCCUCAUCUGGUUCUCAUGAGCAAGGUGAAUAGUUCGGAUGUUCGAGCAGAAACGUACUCCGAAUAACAAAGUGCGGGAGCGAAUAGUGCUCCGUGUGAUUAGAGCAGAAUUCGCAACUUUUAAUUAAAUUAUUCCUACAUAUAUAAAUAGUAAUGACUACUGAAGAUGAAUACAUUGAUUUCACGGAGCCAGGCGUUAUUUAUAUUACAUCAGCCCACAGGUCGGCUCUUACUGAGUGGACGGUCCCAGCUGUCAAAGCUUUAUUCAAAGUGUUACUAAAGCAAACGCAGCUAUUCGUCCAAAGGAAAAUAGGAUCAAAACGACAAGUUUUCGAUAAUUGUUCGGUAUACUUGAGAUCGAAAGGUUUUAAAUAUACAUCAGCUCAGUGCGAGAACAAAUGGAAAUCAUCGAAAAGACGAUACAUGUCUGUACAUAACAGACUACUAACAGGAGAAGUUCUGAAAAGUUCACCGUUUGAUGAACAAAUAUUGGCAAUCAUCAGUGCCGAAAAGCCUUCAUUCCAACAAGAAUCUGAUGAAUUAUCAAAGGUCAACUUAAACAUCCCUCCGGGAUUCGCCCAAAAACCUGAUGAAAUAAAAAUGAGUCUGAAUGAUGAUGAGGACAGGGCAGAAAGCAUUGAAGACUAUGCUGAUCCAAACGAACAGGGCUAUUCAACGAGCUAUGAAAACUUAGUUGAAUUGGUGUUACAAGAUACGGAUAGCAUAAAUGCAGUUAAUGCCUCCAAAGUAGAGAUACUCAAUGAAGACGAAUGUUUAUCGCCUGAAAAUGACGAUAAUGAUGCACAGCAACCCUGCCAUGAGGAAACUUGGCAGAGUUCUAAUAACGAAGAUAGUGAGUUUAUUACAGAAGUGCGAGAGCUCAGAAAGGCUAUGAAAAGGAGCUUGGACCAUAAUGCACAGCUACUGAAGGCGAAUAAUGCAACUCAUGAGCAACUUCUAAUUACGUUAACCUCUUUAGAUAAAAGGGAAGAGGAGAAAAUGGAAAUCAAAAGGAAAAAGCUUGAGAAGCAGGGCGAACUUUUGCAGCAAGCAAAAAUUAAAAACAGCUUAAUGGCAAAAUUGAUACAGAAGAUUGGAAAUUUCGACACUAGUAAAUAAAUAUUUCGACCAUCUUAUUUUAAAAGGCCGAAUGCGCUUUGAAAAAACGUGCAAUAAUCUAGUUGUUUUUUCCUUGCGAAAAGGGUAUAAAAACACCAGAUUUGAAUGACAAUAAAGUAAUUUAAUGGUUUAAUAAUAUAGGUAUAUGGCUUACAUAACAAAAGGUUGUAACACAAACAAAACAAAAUAAAGGAAACGGGUUCAGUGUUUUUAUCAAAAAUGAGCUUAGUUGUAACUUAUCUAAAGACCACCUCUAUAUUGAGGCGAACGCCCUGCCUAUUCACGU